CCUCUUGGACCCAUCAAACCGUGUUGUUUGUUGACCCGCAAACCUGAAAAACCAGUGUACCAGGAAUUCAAAGCUCAACAACCCUCAACAAAAUAUCUUUUUGCCGGCUCUUCAUCUUCCCAGCAUCCUUGAACUCCAUUCACAAUCACAAACAUGCCAACCCUCACCAAUUUCUACACCAUCCAAGAUGCCUCCCGCCACAAAACCGAAGACGACUGCUGGAUCAUUAUCGAUGGAAAGGUAUACGACGUGACACAAUAUUUGGAAGAUCAUCCCGGUGGAGAUGAUGUAAUCCUCGCUGCGACCGGGAGAGACGCAACUGAUGAUUUUGAAGAUGCUGGCCACAGCAAAACUGCAAGAGAACUCAUGGAGAAAUAUUACAUUGGUGAAUUUGAUACUUCGUCUACGGUUUCAACCAAGAAAGGUUAUUAUGAAAAGUUCACGACGCAGCUGAAGAAUACGCCGUAUUUGGGUUUUUCCGUAGCUGUAGUAGUUGGCAUCUCUGUGGUGGUUGGUUUCUUAUACUUGCGGAAGAAGUAAUUGUUGGUUUCUGAUAUUCAUUCUUUUUGCAGUUGUUGCUGCUGAAAAUGAAGCAUUGCAACAAAUUUUGUAUUACUUGAAAGCAUAGAAAACAUUUUUAAAAAACUGGCUUAUUUCAAAAACAAUAAUAAGAGCAACAAUUGAUUGAA